UUCCAUAAUAUACAGUUCACGCAGUUAGAGUGCAGGGCCGCCAGAGGUCGCGCCAUUUCGUAAAUAAUAAUUCUUUAUUUAUUAUUUGUCAAAAAACUGUCAAUUUCACGAUUUUCAUUACUACAAAAAUCAGUUAAUUUAUUGAUAAAACCGCUCUGAUUUAAAUGCUGCGCAAAGUUCACUGUACAAUUUUACGCUCUAUACCCGACUAAUAAAGUGAUUAAUGCCACAACACCUUUUUUAAUUAAGGUUUAUUAAGGAUAGUUAAGUGGAGGCUUGUCUGUUGUUUGCUUGUCUGGAAGGAAUUUAAACCUUUUAUUUUGCAUAAGGGUCACACAAUUGACUUGAAGCCGAUAAUCCAAUUUUCCAGUUCAGCUUCAAAAUGGUCCUGGUCCUAAACGGUGUACUGCAAGUAAAAUGCCCACAAGACAUGCAAAACCUCUUCAACACUUACCCCAUAUACAGAGAAACAGCGGGGCAACUUUUGUCCAUCCCCAACAAGGUUAUAGGACCCAUGGGCUUACUUUAUAUAAAACAGAAAGAGAUGGCCUCCACGGUGCCCCAAGAUAAGAAUGUGAGCAUUUUAGGCUCGGACGAUGCAACCACUUGCAUUAUUGUUGUUGUCAGGCAUACAGGAUCGGGGGCUGUAGCAAUGGGCCACUUUGACGGUACAGCCACCGACGAGGCCGUUUGCUCAAUGAUCCAAAGAGUCCAGGAAUUGGCCGGUUAUCCCGAGGGAAGAAUCGAGGUUCAACUGGUGGGCGGCUACAGCGAUCCCAAUCGCUAUUCGGAAGAGCUCUUUUUCAAACUGAUGAACUCUUUUCACAAGCACCCGGUCGAAAUUGACUUGACAUUGGCCUGUGUCGGUCCAUUGAAUACAACUAUCCGAGGCGGCAUCCCUUGGCCCCUGAUUUAUGGGAUCGGGGUGAACGUAAAAACCGGCGAAAUAUUUCCGGCGACUUUUCCAGACAAGGGCCCGGACUCCUUAUUAAGAUCGGCGAGGAUUUUUAACGGCUCACCUGAAGUUAUCGAUAUUUACGAUUGUAGCAUGGGGCUCUUAAGGAUAGGGCCUUUCAACUAUAAACCUUUAAGGGGAGUCGAUUUGUGGCUGGAGCAAGACGAUGAGUUUAUAUUAAGGCAUUUAUCGACAUCUCCGGACGUGGAACUGCCCCAUUUCGUAGAGGAGAUGCGCGCCACCUUGAGUUACAUUCGCGAACAUCCGUUUCCCGCUGUGACCGUUUUCGGGGACAAUCGGCCCCAUUUUUUCAGAAGGGAUGAACAUUCAGGGCUGUGGACCCCGGCCAUUUUUUAGUAGGUGAAUUUUUAAUUUAAUUGUUUAUGAUGAUGGCCAGUUCAUGCGAAUUAUUGAUGUAUGAAGUGGUUUAUUUGCCAUGUUUUUUAUCACUUUAUUUUUUAUACAAUUGGGAGGUUUUGUUAUAUAGUAUGUUGUCUUGUUUUUUAAAUUUAGGCGAGUUUAUAGGUAUUUUGAACGUUGAGAUUUCCUGUAAACAAUUUUAGAUUUACGGAUUUUUAGCAGUUUCUUAAAAAAAAAAUAUAAAAAUCCCUCAACAACUUUUUGAGUUACACAUCGAAAAUUCCAUUUUUAGCUUCCUAGGUCCACUUUUUGCAAAUCUGAGUAUAACUCAGAAAGUUCUUGAGCUACAAGAAUCCUUCAUAUAUGAAAAUGUUCCUUAGGGAUUGACUCAACUUUGAGUGAAAACCUUCAUAAAAUGCCUGGAAUAGUUUUUGACUUAUGAAUAGAAAUGAGAUAUUUAUGGAAAAAUGUGCUAUAAACCAAAAGUGCUGUAGCUCAGUUAUUUUUGCACCUAAAUAAAUGUUUUGUACAGGAAAAUCAUCUUCAGGGAUCCCUCUACGGUUUUUUAAAAGAAAUAUAAAAAUCCCUUAAUAACUCUUUGAAUUACACUCAAAAUUCUCUUACUAUACCAUGAUAAAUCUCAUUCCUAAGUUCCAUUUUUAGUCUCCUACUUUUUGCUAAGUAUAACUCAGAAAAUUUAAGAAUUCUUUAUAUAUGAAAUUGUUCCUUAGGAACUGGCUUAACUUUCAGUAAAAAUCUUAUUAAAAUAUCUGAAAUAGAGUUAUCAUGGAGAGAAAUGAUAUAUUUAUGGAAAAAAAGUGCUAUAAACCAAAAAUGCUAUAUCUCAUCUCAUUUUGUAUCUAAAAAAGUUUUUUGUACAGGAAAUUUUUCCUCAGAGAUCUCCCUACAAUUUAUUAAAAAAAAUAUAAAAAUCCCUUAACAACUUUCUAAGUUACACUCAAAUUUGUCUCAAUAUUUACCAAGUUAAAUAUCACUCCUAAAAUUCUAUUUUUAGUCUCCUAGAUCCACCUUUUGCAAAUCUAGGUGUAACUUUUGAGUGAAAACCUCAUUAAAAUGCCUAGAAUUGGUUUUGACUUAUCAUGGAUAGAAGUUAGAUGUUUAUUGAAAAAAGUUCUGUAGCUCAGUUGUUUUUGCACCUAAAAAAAUGUUUGGUACAGGCAACUUCAGGGAACCCUCUUAAAUUUCUUGAGGAAAAUAUGAAAAUCUCUUAACAACCUUUUGAGUUAAGGUAAAUAACCAAUUAUUGACAGUACAAGGGGGGGUGUUUCAUGAAAAUCAUGAUAAAUAUUUUUUAUAUAAUAUUUUGCAGUAAAAUUUUGCUACAACAUAUAAUUUAAUGUUUCCUUUAAGCAAUUAAUACAACGAAACGCUUUAAGAAUAUAAAUAUGCGUUUCCAAAAAUUUUAAAAAUCAGUUUUGUUAAAAUACGUGUUAUUGAUAUCCAAAAAAACCAAUGAUAGACAGCCAGUAGUAGACACUAAUAAAAGGCCAGUUAAAAGUACUGUGAUAUUGUAUAUUUUGGAAAUAUAUUACAAAAGCUUCAUUUAAACAUACUGAAAUACAAACAUCUAUGCACAUGCAUACAAUGACAUGCAUUGGCCCUGAUAUAUUAUUUUGUUUUAGUACUUAAGCUUCAAAAACAUCCACAAGUGAUUUGAAUUCAUAUUUAAUUCGCUCACCAGAAGAUAAUAAAUCAGGGGUAGGCAACACUAUUUUUUUUUAUAUAUGACACAUCAUUUUCAUCAGACACAAACAUUUUUUUGUCUCCACCCAAAGAUUUCAUUAACAUUACCCUAAUGUCAUCAUUGUCAACUAGUUCCUGCACAAUACAAACAUAUCGGUAUGUAGUGCUCUUUCUUUUGCCGCCAAGAAAAUUCACUGAAAUAAAAUUUCCUAUUUGAAUGUCUCCGGUAGAAACUUGGCAAAAUGAUUUGUUUGGAUCUUUAAAGGGGUCUACAUCAUCCGAACUAUUUCCACUUUCUAUCCAUUAUUCUUCCUCACCAUCUUGUGGCUUCUCUUUCUUCUUUAAAAGUUUCUGUUCCCUUUCAAAUUUCCUUUUUUCUUUUUCUUCUAUUUUUUCGUUUUCUUUUUUGGCGUGAUACCUUCGCCAUGCGUCAGAGGUGACAACAGAUGGAAUUUUUUCCUUCAUUUUCCUUUUUUUUGUUUGAGGUUUUGGGUCGGGCCAAAAUAACUCCUUCUUAAAAGGAGUUGGAACAUUUGAUGCAUCAAGGGUUUGAAAGGAGGUGCUUGGCUGGUCAUGAGUGUUAUUAUAAGAUGUGCUCGGCUGAUCAGCAGUUAUUCUUGUUGGAGUGCAAAGAUCUUCGGCAAUAGAAGCAGGAGCAAGAUUAGUGGGAUAAUGGCUAAAUCGAUUAUCUGCAACUGAGUCCAUGGCCCCUUUUUCAUUUGUUACUUCUGCAUGUUGAAUAUCUGAACAUGUUUCUAGUGUCCAAUUUUUCCAAAUUUCGAAUAAAUGCUUAUCUUCCACUGGACCAUCCCAAGAAUGUUGGUUUAAGGAGUUCCUGAAUGUAGUUAGCUUCUCUUGGUCAAUCCUGCUUUCAAAAUUUUUCAAGGCAAGCAGGGACUUAUCUUUUGUAGCGUUUGAAGCCAUAGCAGGGACUACAGGAACGUCACUUGAAUCGUAAUUUUUGGCAGAAAUUUUACUAAAAUGUACAGUUUCAACAUUAAAGGGGCAUAAACCUAAAGAUUUAAAACCAUUUUGAAUGGUUUCUGGUUUAAUGUGUUCCAGGGCCUUUUUAAACACACCUCCAAAGUGCAUCUUCUGAAGCCUAUUGCCAAAGUUCUCCAUCCUCCAAUUCUGUACCUCAUUUCUGUCGGCUAAUUUAAGGGGCCUAAAUACUGCAAUGUCCAUAGGCUGAAGGAUGUGUGUAGAAUUGGGAUAUAAAGCUAUCAACUCAACGCCAUUAUCACUGCAGAAUGUUGAUAAGUGGCGAGUUAAGUGGGACAGAUGGCCAUCUACAAAAAAGAGAACAGGUUCUUGAAUCCUCUGUUUUAUGAGCCAUGGAUUGAAUAUAUUGGUGAUAUAUUCAUAAAAAUUGCUUGAACACAUCCACCCAUUUUCGGAUGUACCCAAUGCCCAAUCUUUAGGCACAGUUGAAGUUAUGGCAGAUGGAAUUCGCUCAUAGGCCAAAACUAUCAUCGGCGGUGCAAUAUUACCAGCUGCAUUAGCUGUUACCAGUACAGUUAAGUUUUCUUUAUCAUCUCCUGCUGCACGAUAAAUGUUUUUGUCUCCUUUUUUUGCUAACUUUUCCUUCUUUGGGUGAGAGGUAAAACGCGCUUUCGUCUGCAUUGAAUACCUUUUUGGGGUCAUCAGUUACUUGAUAGAGAUCAUGGGACGUUACUCCUUUAUUUCCUGAAACCAUCUAUGAAUUUGUCCUGAAGUUACACUUUCUCUGGAUGUUGUCAAAUUCUAUUGAUAUUCUUUGUGAAAUUUCCGGAUGUCUCCUCAAAAAUAGCAGAAACCAUUUGUCGCUAGGACGAUUAUUGUUAGUAAGCGAUUUUGCCCGUUCUGAAUGACUCAUGAUUUUUUGAACUGAAUCUAAAAGCUGCAUUUUUGAAACGGGAAAAUGUCUUUCAGAUAGUUCAAUAAUCCAUUUAACCAAUGGGCCCGUUCUCGAUUUUUUUUUUAUUUUACAAAUCGAAAGAAAAACACCUAUAAAGUAAAUUUCCAAAUUUUUAGAUUUUUAUUCUUACUUUUAACCCCUUAAAAAAAUUAACAAAGUUGCUCCACGCGAAAACGGGGCGGAGCUUCGGGUGACGUCACGAUGCAGCAGAUGAGAGGGUGCGACCGCGCCGCGGUAUCGGGAGACGGCCAGAAACAGUGGAAAUCGAAUUAAAAAACGUGUUUGUUUAGUCUGUUGCGAGUAUUCGUGUGGUGUUUUCUGUUCUGUAAUUUUUUUUAAUUUAAUUUCUGGUGUACCAUGACUGACAAAAAAACUACGAGGAAAUAUUGUAUUGUACCUGAGUGUCCUAAUACCUCAAAAAAUGCCCCUGAGAAACUAUUUAUAAACGUGCCUUCUGAUCCUACAGCUAGGAAGGUUUGGCAAAAAGCUAUGCGUCGAGAAAUUUUUGUUUCUGGUAAAUCACACGUUUAUUGUUGUGAGGAUCAUUUUGAUGUAAGUUAAAGUUUGCGAUGAUAACGCAGAAUAAAAAAUAUUUUAUAUCUUUAACCUCUUUUAGGUAAAAGAAAACAUAGAAAAUUAUAUGUAUUUAAAAACUAUGAAAAAAGGUAAUAUUCUUAUUAAGCCAAAUGUAGUACCGAGAUUUUUUGAUUGCCAAAAAAGUCGAGUAACAGCACAUAAAGCGAAACAGUCGAAGUUUUUACAAAAAAAAGAACAGCGGUCUUUGAUUCAUAGUUUACUACUUCCUGGGACUUCUGCUGAAAUCUAGGAUGUUGAGCAAGAAGAUAACGUGACAAGCGAAACAGAACCGAAACAAAAAGAUGUAGGCAUUCAAGUUUUAUUUAAGGUAGAAAGUCGCAGCAAGGGAAUUCAAUGUAUGCCAGAUGAUUUGGUGCCAGUGGAAAAAGAGAAGAAAAAAAGAAAAUGUGCAUUUAAGCAAAAUGAUUCGAAGAUAAUGCGGUUUGCUGAAAAAAAUAAUUCUAUCUCUAUUUCCACUAGCGGCUCUACGUCCACAUUUAGCUUGUCACAGCUAAGUAUGUCGGAUUCUGACAAUACGCAAUAUAUGGAGAAUAUGGACUUUUCAGAAGAAAUACGAAAAAGAUCUACGUUUUUAAUAGAAAGAAAUCCAAAACUUUAUAUAGGUAUUCCUAGCCAUUCAUUGUUUAUUGUAAAUAUUCUAGCGCAAAAAUGUAAAUUAGAUAGAUUAGAUAUUUUUUUAACUUUCAAAAAGAUAAAACUAAAUUUAUCCUAUAGAAUAUUAGCUGACGAUUUUGGCAUACAAGUUGCUAGGGUAUGUAAUAUUAUUCAAAAAAACUAUACCUUUAUUAGCAGGUUACCUUUAUCCAUUUGUGCAAUUUAAAUCAUUAAAUGAUGUCCAAGAAAAACUUCCUAUUCCCUUUAGGCAUAGAUAUAAAAAUGUUCAAUGUAUUAUUGACUGUUUUGAAAUAUCGAUACAAAAACCAAGCAACCCAAUACUACAGUCUCUUUCAUGGUCAGAAUAUAAAGGUUGUAACACUAUGAAAUAUUUAAUAGCAUGUACACCAAAUGGUUUUAUUUCUUACAUUUCUAGUGGCUUUGGUGGUAGAACUACUGAUAAAAUGAUAGUUGAAGAAUCAACUUUUUUGGCAAAAUUAGAUCCAGGGGCUCAAGUAAUGGCCGACAGAGGGUUUAAGCAUCUCGAAAAUCAACUUUUAGCCAAUAAUAAUCAACUGGUUAGACCACCAUCUGUUUCAUCAAGUCAAAAAAGUUCGAAGAAUGAAGUUACAGAAUGAAAAAGAAUUGCAAGCUUAAAAAUACAUGUUGAACGAGUGAUUUCUCGAAUAAGGGAAUUUUCCAUUCUUCAGCCUCAUGCUAGUGUUCAUUUAAGUUUAGUUAAAUAUUUAGAUUUAGUAGUGCAAAUAGUUUGUGGAAUUAUUAAUUUACAAGAUUAUUUAGUGAAAUAAGUACACAGAGUAAUAUUUUACAUUAUUUUAUUAAAAAUGUUUUCCAACCAAAAUUUAUUCAGUUGUUUUAUUACAGAUUUCACAAGUUUUUCAUCAAAAUCACAAUGUUUAAUUGUAAUUUUUUUUGAUUUUUCAAAAUCGGGAUGUGAGAUGACAAAAAUUACAUGCGCUCUAUUACUAAGAUACAUUUGUAUCUGAAUUUGAUACAAGUAUUUUUUCUUAAUAUUUCCGUUGGAAUCUAUGUAAUUUAAACAUGAUUUUUCGGUUGUUGGACUUUUAAUUUCAACUACAGAUGUACUAUUUAUAGCAUCAGGAGAGACACCUAUUAGAGGAUUUUCUUGAGAAAGAAAUAUACCUGCUUUCGAGAAUUUUUGCCCCAUUUGGUUUUCCAAUACUUUUAAAAUGUCACUUUCCAGAUUUAAUCCCCUCUUCAUUGCUUUUGUUUGAAAAAGUUUUGCCCCUAAAAUGCUUUCGACUAAACAUCCAUCUAAAACUCGACAGCUGGUCACAGCAUAAGCCUUUGAUGCAGUAAUUCGCCCAUAUCUCAUUUCCUGCCAAAUAUUGCUCUCACUCUGUUUUCUAGUAUCUUUUUCUACAUCUAAAAUUAACUGAUUUUUCAUUUUUGUUUUAAUAAAUUCAACAAAGCAUGUUGAGCUUAUUUCUGCUUGUAAGGAAUUUUUGUAUGAAAUUGCUAAGCUAUGGAUUGAAAGAUCCGAAUAUUUAUCAAUGUUUUCAUAUCGCAUUAAGGUAUUUUCAAUUUUCUGCCUUUUAGCUGUAUAUAUAUAUUCUUGUAGUACCGAAUCAUUAUACACCGCUUUAAUUUCUUUUCCAAAAUCAGAUGAUGAAAUAAAUUUUUUUGUUAUCGGAGCAGAUGAUAACUUUGACUUUUUCCUAUAACAUACUUUUUCUGUUGGAGAAGGUUCUUCACUACGUCGAUGCAACCACAUCAAAAAUGCUACUUCAUGUUUACAUCCUCCUUCUGACGCUGCACAGCCCUGACAUUUUGCUUCCACUACUUCUUUUUCAUUAGUGUUAAUAACACAGAACACGUCGUAAUUUUUUGACUUUAUUUAUGUUCUGGCGUAAUUUUAGCUUUUAGUUCACAAAGUACUCCUUGCUGUUUGACUUGUACAUAUCCAAUGGCAUUAUCUUUUCUACCAGACCUGAAAUUAAUGGUUUUCCUAUCAAAUCGGAAGAUUUAGUUUAAAUAAAUAAAUAAAUAAAUAAAUAUUAUUGUCUUUAUUAGUACCAAAAAUGUACAUAGGCGAAGUCUAGCCAAAGCUAAUCUACCUAACCCAAUACACUUAUUACAAAAUAAAUUAUUUUAAAUACGUAGAUAGCAAUUUAAUAAAUUAUCCAAAAAGAAAUAAUUAUAAUAAUAACAAUAAAUAAAUAUAGUUUAAAAAAACACGCUUUUAGAGCAUAUCAAACUAAAAAGUAAAAAAUAAUUUUUAAUCUAAGCUGAAAACAAUAAUAAACGGAAAAUACUAGUAAAAAGCGUGAAAAAAGCGUGGGGCGCUUUGUGCCAUAUUUUUUUUUCAUAUAUCGAGCAACCCACUCUUUUUUCACAUUAAUACUAGUAUUUAUGUGAAAAAAGCGCAGUAUAGUCGCCAGCGCCAAACUUUCCAAGUUAUUUUGUUAUCUUACUUAAAAUGAGACGCCCGGUACCUAUCACUCUUUACUCUAUUAUUUUUACCUAUUACUAUAGUGGUAUAUUAUACCUAUAACUUGACUACUUACCUUAUCAAUUUUAUUCCACGCAUUUCUGAACUUAUAAAGUCUUUAUUUUUAUUAAAAUAAUCCAGCACCAUGAACAUAUCUACUUCUGGCAAAUUCCCAGAAUCUGCCUUUAUGAAGCCUCUUUCGACUGAAAACAUUGCACAAAACUCCACUAAUCAAAACAAUAGUUUAACUAAUAAUAAUAGUGUUUUAUUACAUUCAGGCAUCAAACAAAAUAGACCCUUUUUUAUAGCGGCGAACUAGAUAAUAACAUCAAAAACACUGAAAUGUCCGACUCAAAUGCGUUCGGGGUCGGCCGCCCGCAAAGAGCUGCUGCGGCGUGACGUCAAAAAUGGAGGGAGCGGCUUUUACGGAUAUUCAAUAUUUAACGUCGAAUAUCUAAAGAUUGGAUAUACAUAGAAAGCUGAAAUUUUUACAGUUUACUUAGGAUGUUAAGUGUUGUUGAAUUCUAUGAAAAAAAUUGCGAAAAAAAAAAGUCGGCAACAAGCCCAUUCCGGGAUUCCUCAUGCUUGCUAAGUAUUGUUGAGGGCCCCAUGGUACAAACAACUUCAGACUUUCCUUGCAUCUUAUGAAGUAGGGUUGUCCGUGGAACAUGGUGGUUUCGAGCAGCCACUGCAACUGGUACACCAUUUCUUACUUCCGCCAGUGCAGCUGUCAUUUGGUCAGAGGUAUAAUUUCUUCUAGGCGAAGGACUUAAAUAUAUUUAGUUUUGGCUCAUCCAAAUAUUGUCAUCAUUAAACCAGUAAUUGACACUGUUGUUCCUACUUUGUUUGAAAAAAAUGAAAUAUUGGCAACAUUGUUUUGAUACGUAUUUCACAGUCAAAAUGUGAUUGGUCAAAAUGAUUAAAAACCAAUAGUUGACAGUUGUGUCCAUAACUGAUGGAAGGAAUAUUCCUUGAAACCAGUUAUUGACACCUCCAUUUUCUUGUUCAACAAAUAAAUAUGGGGAGAUUUUUUAAUUCAUUUUAUCUACUUUUAACUUUUUAAACAAAAAUAAACCACGGAAAAUAACAAUACAUACUAAUGCUAAAUUUUUAAAAUGGGUCACAAAAAAGUACUUACCUUAUUUUUUACACUAAGGAGCACAAAAAACACCAAAAAUUUGGAACACGGGUUUACAACAUGAACUGACCAGAAAACUCUGGAAAUAUGUUCAAGGUUGUCAGAUUCACAGAGGAUUGCAUAGGUUUCACAUUUAAUAUGAAAUUCAAAUGCGUUUUCUUAUUUUAGGGAAAAUUGUAGAAUGGUGUCAAUGAUUGGUGAAAUGUCAAUAACUGGUUGUUUACCUUACUGUCAAAAUUGUCUGUAUAUAAUGUUAAAUCUAACUCCUAACAUUUUUAGCAUUUUGAGGCUUUUUUUGGCCUGCUUGAGGACCUGAUUUAAGGCUUAUUGAAAGAACUUCCUUAACGCAUCUCUUCCGGGCAUUUGGAAUCAAGCAUUUUCCUCAAGAUAUUCAUAGAAAUCAUGGUUUCGACUCUAGACAAGUUAAACAUAAUUCAAAAAUACAUUCUUAAAAUUAGGUAGAUCUUCAAUACAACUAGGUGCUUAGUGAGACUCUAUGUGAUGUUUAUGUUAAUUUUGAUCUUAUAUAAAUAAAUGUACAAAAAGGGUCCCUGGAGUUUUUGAGGAUGCAUUGAUGGAUAAAUUCCCUUUUUUUUUCAGCUGGAAUUGUUUAUAACUCAUUGGGAGACAUUUCUUGGCAUAACCUCGAAACCAUACAAGAUAAUUUCACCAUUAUUUUGCUCUGAUGUAAAGAGUUUCCUGAGGAUCAAUUACUUAUAUAUUAAAUUGUUCCUUCGAAAUUGCCCCAAUUUUGAGUGAAAACCUUAUUAUAAGCUUGGAAUAGUUUUUGAGUUAUCAUGAGUAGAAGUGAGAAUUUAAUGAGAAAAAGUGCUAUGAACCAUUACUGCUGUAGCUGCUAGUUAGUUUUGCACCUAAAAUACUGUCUUGUACAGGAAACUCAUCCUCAGGAAACCCUCUACAGUUUCUUAAAAAAAUAUAUAAAAAUCCCCUUUUGAAUUACGCUCAAAAUUACUAGAUCAAACGAACUUACCUGAAGUGAAGUUCGAUCUUAAUUAUAUGAGUCCUCGUCGAAGUAAAUAAGAACACUAUAGUCUCCCUGACUCUACCGAAUACCACAAAUUUAAAAGCAACGCAAAAAAUUCGCCCCAAUACAAGGGCACCCCGACACCCGCCCGCUCGGUCUAUGCAACUCAUUCUUUAAAGAUCUCGCUGAAAAUUAUAGUAGUUAAGAAAAGAAGGGGGUUAAUUUAAAUUACAAAGGGAAGGGUGGGUCUUAUUUACUUCGACGAGGACUCAUAUAAUUAAGAUCGAACUUCACUUCAGGUAAGUUCGUUUGAUCUAGUAAUUAUAUUUCGUCCUCGUCUCGUAAAUAAGAACACUAUGUAGAUGUUUAAAGAAGAAAACUUAACUUCAUAAUUUUCAGCACUGAAUUGUAAGUCGCUGUUUUUUAAAAGCAUUUAUUUGUCAAUGAGGAAACACACAAAAAAAACAAAAAAUAAAUUCUAAAUUAACGAACAAAAAAUAUUGCAUAAGUACUUACAUAUCUUAUAUACUUAAUUAGUAAUAAAUUUUUUGAUACACAAAUAUCGGGAUCAGUCGUAUAAAAAGGUAAACAAAUGACGGGUUGAAGCCUAUUCGGGCCGGAAGUUUUUAAUCUUCCAUCAAUCUGAAUUUUUACUCCGUGAUCAGAAAACUGUAUAUUUUUUAAAUCAAUUAAAGAUAAGGUCUGCACCCUCUGUCCUGAGCUGAGUGCUAGUAGCAUAGCCAAUUUUGAUGUAAGAAGUUCCAAGGAAAUGUUUUUAAUUUCUAAUGUUUUUAAAUAACUCAAAACCAUAGCUGGGUCCCAAGUAUUUGUGUACCUUGGUUUAUUUGGCCUUAACUGAAAAAUACCUUUAAAAAACCUUUUAACCCUAAAAUCCUGUGCCAAUUCCGGACCUAAAACUAAAUCUAAGGCUGAUCUGUGAGAAUUAAGGGUUCCAUAAGAUACACCCUUCUCAAAUUCAAGUUGAAGGAAUUCUAUAACUAUUGGUACCGAUGCAGAAAAAAAAAUCUACUUGUACCACAGAAAUGCCACCAUAACUUUAAGCCCGUAUUGUACUGCUUUAAGGUAGAUUCUGUUAAUGAUGCUAUGCAUACCUCUAAAGCAGAACCUGGGACUCCUCGUGACUCUAAUGCUUGCCGGAUAAAAAUCCGGCAACCAGGGUAAGUUGUGCCCAUAUGGAGUGUGGUGUUGACCUAUUAACGGGUAAAAGUCAAUUUAUAUUAGGUGGAAGAAAAACUGGAGGAUGUCUUUGAAGAGAAGUGAAAAUAGGAUACCAUAGUUGUGUAGGCCAAUAUGGGGCAAUUACGAUACCCUCUGCCUUAUCUUGAAUAAUUUUCUGUAACACCCGAAGAAUAAGGGAAAAAGGAGGGAAAGCAUAGAAUUUUAGGCGUUCCCAACUUUACAAAAGUAAAGGCAUCCACCCAGAAAGCCUCAGGGUCACGAUGCCAGGAUACAAAUUUAGAACAUUUUUUGUUGAGCCUGCUCGUAAAAAGGUCUAUAUUUGGAGCAUCAAAAAAGCAAAGAAUCUCUUCAUAAUAUUUGUUAUUUAAUUCCCAUUCAGUUACUAAAUUUACCUUCCGAGACUGUUCAUCUGCAAUUAUAUUAUCUUUUGAGUUAAUAUAUAAAGCAAAUAUGUACAUUUUUCUUUCUUCACACCAAUGCCAGAUAUCAAAAAAAAAGCUUAUUUAACUUAGGGUACUGGAUACCCCCCAUUCUAUUAAUAUAGGCAAUGGCGGUUGUAUUAUCAAUCCGCAAUAAAAUAUUAUGACCACGAAGGUCGUUGACAAAACACUUUAAUGCGAAAAAGACUGCCUUUAAUAAUUCCAGAUAAUUUAUAUGCUCCUUCUCUUCCUCUAAAGACCAGAAACCAUUACUUUUCAUAUCCCUACAACAGGCACCCCAACCAGUUGAAAAAAUUUCCAAAUAAAAUGAAUCUCUUCUUAUAGAAUUUGAGCCAUGUGGGAUAUUACACAACCACCACCUAAGGUCAUUAUGAAGGAUGGUAGUAAUAUUCAUAUAUUUAUCAUAAUUUCCACCAGAUCGCCUUAAGGACAAAAACUUCUCUCUUUCAAACAAUUUUGUAUGUGCCCAACUAUAACAAAUACCUGGGCAUACAGAAACUAUCUUCCCAACAAAUUAUGCAAAAAAGCGAAUAGUGCAUUUCUUGCUAGUUGCCCAAAUUUUGUUUGAUUAAAUUUAAAAGAACUGGUUUCUUAUCUUGAGGAAGAGAAACGGUCAUAUCUACAGAAUUAUAGUUAAAAACCCAGAUAACGACGUAGCUGUGAGGGCAUUAACACACUGUUUUCGUAAUUUAUAAUGAAUCCAAAUUGCUCAAGAACUGAAAUUGUAGUUUUAACAUUUUUGGAACAUUUUUCAAAUGAUUCCCCAAAUAACCAAAAAUCAUCUAAAUAUAUAACUGAAAGGAAACCUCUAGCUCUAAAAAUAGAAAUUAUUGGUUUCAUAAGCUUGGUAAAUAUGUAUGGUGCGCAGUUAAGGCCAAAGGGCAUACAAUUAUAUUCAAAAAGUUUUCCUGAGAACUUAAACCUUAAAUAUUUUUAAAAUUUUUUAUCAAUAGGUAAUAGAAAAUAUGCAUUCUCUAAAUCAAGGGUACACAUGUAUGCAUUUUUUUGCACAAUAUUGCAUACUGUCCGCCUAUCUUCUAAUUUAAAAUGUUUUGUUCUAAUAAAAACAUUCAAAGAUUUUAAAUUUAAAAUAAGACGGCUAGAUCCAUCAGGCUUAGGUACUAAAAAGGUACUGGAAAUAAAUUCGCCCACAGUGUGAUUAAACUCUUUAAAAGGCCAUUAAUGGAAUUUUCAAGACAUUUUUUCUCAGAAAGCGACCAAAUCGGUUCUGAAGAUUUAAAUUUUUGAACUGGAGCUCUAAUAAAGUCCGGUAAUCCAAGAUAAAAUAAUUUUUAUCCGGGGUAAUACCCGGCUGCCAUUCGGUUAAAAAAUAUUUUAAGCGACCCAACUUAUCUAAUAUCUUCGGCGACUGUCUUUGGUUCGAACAUUCGAUCUCGACUGACGUUCCUGCGCUUGUGCAUUCGAGCCGCGCUGAAACAAUCUUUGUCUCUGUUGGGAUGAUGAUGGGGCUAUGGCUGCACCCUGACGACGUCCACCCCGAGUGGUGUCCCUGCGUGUUGGUACGCGAGGUGGACGGUACAAGUUUAAAGAUGCGCCUGAUAAUGGUUUUCUCGUAAAAUAAGAACUGAAGGGCUUUAGAUCCAAGGCAGUUCUUUUCACCUCCUUGCUAGCCUUGAUACGUUUUCCCAGAUUGCUGCCAAAUAACCAGCCAUCUACGGAGACAUUGGUCAAGGUAUCCUUUAGGUCUUUUCGUAAAUUCAAGAGGAGUAGAUCACGUCGAAUGACUGAAUAUUUAUGAUGGAAAUCCGCAAGCAAUUUCCUGGUAUCACUAACUUGCUCUAUCCGUUUGAGGCUUACUUCCCUCCCCCCCCUUUCUGAAAGUAGUUCAGAAGUAAGUUGACCUAGGGCUGAGAGAGUAGAACCCAUUUGAUCCUGCAAUCCUUGCAAGAUUGGUGUCGCGACGCAGAACCUGCUCAUUAAUAGCCGACGCCACUUCAGAAUUAAGGCGUGGACUUUUUAAAAGUGGACAAUUUUCCACGGGUGGAUAUUUCCCUAUUAAUUUUUGAUGGUUUUCUUCGCUUCAGCCCUUCUCCAAUAAUAUAUCCAUCUGCUUGCCAGAUCGCAGUGGAUCUUGGAACCAAACAACUCCUGAAUUGGCUCCUCAUCUCCCAACAAUACCAAAACUUCCUCAUCUAGAGACGGGGUUGGAGGAAGAUUUUCAUCAUUCGUCGAAAUAAUUUCUAAAAGGAAACAUUUUGUAUCAGAAUAUUUUGCCACAAAUAAUUGCCGGAAAUGUAAAAUAUGCCAUAAUAUUUCACAAGCCUUAUAUUCCAAAAACCAGAAAAGUAAAAUAUACCAUAAUAUUAUAUUUUAUAACCAAAUCCUGUGUGAACAACUGUUAUUGCUUGAACUUAAAAAUAAAAUAUGCCAUAAUAUUCUACAAUUCACAGGAAGUUUUGUACACAGCUUUCAGGAAAAUUAGGAAUGUAAAUACGCCAUAAUAUUUUACAACUACCUAAUUCUUUGAGCCAGUUACCAUAAUAAUUCAAGAAUACCAUAAAGAGAAGUAGUAAGAAAACAUUGUCCUAUCAAUUCUUUCCCCAAAAAUAUAAAACAACAAUAAAGUAUCCUUUUAUUUACCUGCUAAACCGCCAAUAUCAAGGUCAGGGUCGACCCUUCUGGCCAACUCGGAUAACGGUACAUUAUCAGAACUGUCUUCACUGUACUUACCCUUACCCCGCUCACCCAAACCUCUAGCGGGGCUAAAAUUUGAAACUGAAGGCGUGGAAUGGCGACGAUUCCGAGACACACUCCUUUGUCGAGCCCGACGAUAUUUCGAUUUUAAACGUUUUUUAAGUUUAGAAAUUUUCCACUGUACAUAAUUAUAGCUAUCACUAUCCGCCGAAAAACUAUAACGUCUUUUAUUGCGAUUAACCGACAUAUUAAAUUUAUCUAAUGAAAUAACAAAAAUUUUGACACUAUGAAAGAAACACACGCGACGUAACUAUUCGGCACGAGAACAAGGAAUGAGUUGCAUAGACCGAGCGGGCGGGUGUCGGGGUGCCCUUGUAUUGGGGCGAAUUUUUUGCGUUGCUUUUAAAUUCGUGGUAUUCGGUAGAGUCAGGGAGACUACAUAGUGUUCUUAUUUACGAGAUGAGGACGAAAUAUAAUUAUCUAUAUAUGUAUACCAAAUUAAAUUUCCUUCGUAAAUUUACAUUUUUAGCCUUCUAGGUCCAUCUUUCGCAAAUCUGAGUGUAACUAAUUUUUGAGCUGCAAGAAUUCUUCGGGUAUCAAAAUACUCCUUGGAUUUUUUUUAACUUUGAGCGAGAACCUCAUUAAAAUGCCUCAAAUAAUUUUUGAGUUACCAUGAAGCGAAGUGAGAUAUUAAAGGGAAAAAUUGCUAUGAACCAAAACUGUUGCAGCUCACUUAGUUUUGCACCCAAAAAAAUAUUUCUCAGGAAUCCCCGAAUACUUUCUUAAAAGAAACAUAAAAAACUUUCUACCAUUUGUUGACUUACACUCAAAUUUGUCUAUAAAAUUUCUACAUUUCCAUUUUUAGCCUCCUAGGUCCACCUUUUACAAACCUGAGUUUAACUCAAAAAGUUCUUGAGCUACAAGAAUUAUAUAUAAUAUAUUAAAAUGUUCCUUAAAAAUUGCCUCAACUUCAGUAAAAAUCUCAUAAAACUCCCUCGAAUACUUUUUAAGUUAUAAUCUAUAAUAGAAGUUAAAUUUAAAAAAAUUAUUCCCAAACUGUCUGAAAACCUCUUAGUCUCCUAGACGAUUUUUUUGCAAAAACUGCUUGAAAAAUAAGAAUAAUCCGUUAAUUAACUGAGAUUUUUUAUAGGAAAUCUCAACUUGUUAUCCUGUUUCUUGUUGCGACAAAUAUAUAGUAGGGGUUGUGAUAAAUGUUGAUAUUGAACCCGGUGAUCUAAGCGCGUAAUUUAUAAAUAAAGUGGCAAUAAUCUCAGAUAUCCUGUAUACAAGGACUGACCUUUCUAUUAGAAAAAAUCAUAUAGAAUUUUAUUACUAUAAUAAUAAAUAUAUUUUUACAAAUAAUAAAUAGUAGUUACUAGAGCGUAUAUUUUUAUCGAACGUUACGACUGGAAAGUGCUGUAUAUAAGGCUGAUUUUUUGUUAGUUUUUAGUUAUGUACUUGCGGAACUUAUAUACUUGCAAAGUUAUUGUAAAUAGAAUUAAUUAGUGUUAUUUUAAAUAAUUCCAGUAUGUUAAAAAUCAAUAUAUGAUAUUUUUAUA